AUGGCGUCUGCCUCGCCAUUGCCUCCUAUAAAGGAGCUACUACCGUCGCUGAAGGGCUCACCAGUGACCCGUUACCAGUCUGACUUCACAAGGGAUAUCUUUGUGAAGCAAAUCCAUUCCCAUAAUGACUACUGGCGAGACGUGCCCUUGUACACGGCGCUCUCGUAUGGAGUCCAGUCUGUUGAGGCAGAUGUUUGGCACUUUGAGGACGACGAGGUGCUCUACGUCGGGCACCACGAGGCUGCUUUGGGCCCACAGCGAACGCUUGCUUCGCUGUAUAUUGACCCCUUGGUUCAGAUCUUGAGCCAGGCAAACCCGGAGAACAAGUUCACCAGCGAGCAAAAGAAGCCAAAUGGUGUCUUUGACACUUGGUCCUCUGCAACGUUGUACCUGUUCAUUGAUGUCAAGACCAAAGGCAACGAAACGUGGCCAUACGUGGAAAAUGCCCUUCAGCCUUUGCUUGAGAAGGGUUGGCUAACCCAGUUCAACGGUACUGAUAUUGUUCCUGGCCCAGUCACGGUCAUUGGAACUGGUAACACACCAGCAGAGUACGUUUCAUCGUUGAGUACAAGAUCCUUCUUUGUUGACGGACCGUUGGCAAACUUGACAGACUCGACACCGUACACUCUGAACCCGAUUGCAUCUGGUUCUUUGGCACAGCUCAUUGGAGUUGACGGAGCUGAUCAGAUUGACAUCAAGGGCCUGAACGAGUCCCAGUUGGGCCUUUUAAACGAGACUGUGACCAAGGCACACUCCAUGGGGAUAAUGACGAGACUGUGGGACGUCCCAUGGUGGCCAGUGGAGAAGAGAAACCAAGUGUGGUCCCAGAUACUGGCUGUCGGUUCUGAUUUCCUCAACGCAGACGACUUGGAACUGGCCUCUGAGUUCCUUAGCUAG